AUGCCUGCUGAGCGACAGAAAAAGCGGCCUGGCAGCCUCCUGUGGCAUAAUGGUGCAGCAGCAAAGAAACGAUGCUGUGGAUGGACAGGAGAGCAGCAGGAGGAAAGACCUGCCGCUGCCAGGAAUCCGCACAAUCCCUCCACACUGGGAGGAACAGCAGGCGGCGGUGGUGGGAGUGGCGGACUUAAAGCCCCAGCUGCCGCUCACAUCAUGCUGCAUGCUGCCGUCUUUCCAGGUUGUAUCAGCCCUCUGGCAAGCUCACGCGAGACCACCACGAGGAGCAGUGGUAGCUUGCUGACUCCUGCAAAUCGUUGGGCAGGGGCUCAUCGUGAUGUUGUGUCUGGUGGUGAUUCGGGUGGCAAGGACUGUGCCGACUUGUCUGCCGUCUCGCCAGCUGUCUCACCUGCAGUUUCGCCUGCCGCUCCGCCUGCCGUCUCACCUGCCGUCGCACCUGCAAUCUCGCCAGACGUCGCACCUGCCGUCUUCCCUGUCCUCGUCCCGGCCCUGGUCCCUACCCUCUUCCCUCUCUCAUUCACUCACCCCACACAUGCCUACCCUGUUCCAUCCUUUGCCAGUCUCCUGAAUUCCAUCUCGCCCGCCCGGCAACUCCACCGCCGAGUUGCCUCUGCCCCUGCCGCCUCUUCUGUCUGCGGCCCCAACAACAGGCGCAACAACUGGUGCGAAUCUCCAUGUGCUACAGCAGGCAAGGAGCAACCGCAGUCCAAAGCCCCAGUGCACAAGCAGCAGGAGUUGCGGAGUGGUGCUGAAGGUGCUGGUUGCUCCUUGUCUCGGUCCACAGAGACAUGUGUGCUGGAGAUGGAUGACCCUUCCAAGAGCUCCCACACUAAUGAGAAUGUGCUUGCAGCACCACAAAGUUUGCAUGGUGCACAAGGGGGCGUCCGCCCGCCACCGCCCCGCAACUCCAAGUUGCGCCUUGCUCUCUCACUCCCCCGCCCCGCUUUUGAGACGUGCAAAAGCUUCUCCACUCGUGUAGUGCUGUCUGCUAUCAUCACAUCACCACCAGAUCUGACUCAGAUCCACCUUAACUCGUCUACCCCACUCAUCCACCCAUCCAUGGCGGUCACCCCCGGCCACCACAUGAGCACGGUUCCGCUGCUGCGUGCAAGUGACCAGGUCCAACGACUGGUUCCUCUCGCGGAGUUCCACUGCCUUCCCCAAGCAGUGUUUCCAGGCCACCUGACCGUCAACUUCAGCCCAGACUGCCAGCAGCAACAGCACUCCCAGUGGGAGCACCUCUACCCGCAUGAGGCGAGGCGGCAGCAUGAGCAUCAGCAAGAACAGAAGGAGGAGCAGAAGCGGCCGGCUAGCCUCUUGUGGCAUGGCGUGGCGAAGAAACGAUGCUUUGCAUGGAACACAGAGCACAGCUCGCUUCCUCCUCACUUGACGGCCUACUGGCGUGCUGCUGAUGACGCUGCUGUUGCUACUGCCACUCCUACUGCUGCAACUCCUGCAACCGUGCAUUGGAUGGUUUCUAAGAAUGCCGCUGCAGCAGGAGCUGCUGAUGACUCUGCUGGUCUCAAGGGUCUCAACAACCCCAUCAUGACUCGUCACAAUUGGCACAAACAACAGCACCACCAUCACCAUGACAAGGCAACAGUGAUGAAGGCCUGUGCAGCUGAAGAGGCGACUCUGCUACCUACCAGCGCUACCACAACCAGCACCACCAGCGGAGCCAGCGCUGCCAGCAACAGAUCCGCCAGCAACUUGAAUGAUGAGGAGUGCAUCCCUUGGUGCAGUGAUGGGGCGUCUCAGAGCCCUUCUUCUCACCUCCAGGGUGCUGAGACUACGGCACACGCGGCUGGCUGUGCCACGUGGCAGCCUGAGGCGGCCAUUCAGGGCCUGCAGCACGCAGCUGUCUUCACGUGCAGCUUUGGCCCGGAGGCGGGUACUGGCGACACCGUUCCCUCCUCUAUGAACACACGCAUCCCGCUUCCCCACGUGCCCGUUACCCAUGGUUGCGCGGUCGCCCCUCUGCCGUUUAACAACCCUGCACACGCCCACCAUGUUCCAUCCUUCGCCGGUCUUUUGAAUUCCAUCUCACCUGCCCGGCAGCUCCACCGGCGGGAUGUCUCCGCCCCUGCCGCCUCUGCUGUCUGCUCUUCUCGCAACCACUCGGUUUCUCCAAGCCUUCCAGUGAAGGAAGCGCAGCUGCCUCCAGAGGCUCAAGCUCAGCAGCAGGAGAAGGAGAAGAGUAGCGCAUGCGACGUGUGCUUGGUAUCUUUCUCUGGAAAGACGUGUGUGCUGAAUAGUCCUUCCAUGGGCUCCCGUUGCUCACAGCAGCAGAAGCAGGAGAGGUGGCAGAGGAGAGUGCAAGAUCUGGUUGCACCAGGAGAUGCGUUGCUAGGCUUGCAUGAUGGCCAGUUGCAAUCUCCUGCAGAGCCCGGGAUUUGCUCUGUGUCAGGCAAUCCGACAGAGGGUUCUGAGGAUGAUGGGGACCUCGAGGAGCUACAGGACACUGCAUCGUCUUGA